AUGGCAAAUUGUCAACAAAAGAACAAAUCAAGUCUUUCUAAACAAGUUCCUGAAGGACAAAGAAUUGUGGAGUUGUCAGAAAAAGAAGAGUUGAUGAAUAUUGUUAAUAUGAAUCAGGUUCAUUUUCAAGAAGAAACACUUACGGACAUUCUCUGUAGGUUACCUGUGCGGUCUCUUCUUCGAUUUAAAUGUGUAUCAAAAUAUUUGAAAACAUUGAUCGAUGACCCGAUAUUUAAGAAGCAACAUCUAAAUCGUGCCAAGAAUGACCAAAAUUCCCAAAACUUUAUCUUUUACAAAGGUCCCUCUCUGGAUGAUGAUACAUAUUCCAUAUCUUGUUGUCCUUUAUCGUCGGAUCAACAGGUUGGGGAUGUAAGGAAACUGGAUUUCCCUUCAAAUCUUAAACCAGAAUAUAGCGAUAUCUAUUAUUGUUGUGAUGGCUUGGUAAUUGUCAAGGUUUAUGGACAUAUUCCACGACGUUACUCACUUUUGCUAUGGAAUCCCUCCACGGGAGAAUCAAUUGAACUUCCCACUUCAGAAUUUUCAGUGGAGGCAUUUUGUUGUUAUGGAAUGAGUUUUGAUUCAACUAAUGAUGAUUAUAAGAUCCUUAGGAUUCCCAGUGCCUGGAGUAAACAUUGCAGAGAUGUACCUGGUGAAAUUCUCUCGCUAAAAAGUGGUUAUUGGAGAAAAAUAGAUGCAUGUCCUCUUAAUAACAUUCACGAUAUGUUUUAUGGUAUCCAUUCCUUGGCAAUUAUACACGGGGCAUUUCAUUGGGUUGCUAUGUCAUAUAAUGCUUGUUUUGUGGUUUCAUUUAAUAUUUCCCAUGAAGUGUUUGGAGAGAUCAUACCAUUGCCAAAGAAAAUGUGGUUGUACAACUAUAAUAUUGGUGUUUUGGAAUUGGGAGACAUGCUUUGUGCUUAUACUAUCGAAUAUUAUCAACGGAAGCGUACUUUUAAGUUAUGGAUAUUGAAAGAUUAUGGUCUCAAGGACUCUUGGAAUGAAGUUAUAUCUAUAGUAGAUCCUAAUAUUAUUAUAGCCUCCCCGAAAUAUAGAUUUGCAGAUGGUGAAGUGUUAAUCUGGUGCAAACAUUUUGAAGGUGAGGAAAAUUCAUUUAGGACACAAAAAGGACCUUUUACAUUAUUGCCUCGAGGUUACAUUCGGAAUGGAUUCACUUUCACAGAGAGCUUGAUCUCUCCAAGGUUACUUAUAACUUAG